UUGAUGCAAGUCACAUCCAUCACAGCAGCGUGACACCGGAAGGAUGGCACGUGACAUCAGAAUUCUAUCUUUGAUUUCCAAGUACCCCGAGCUCAUCGUACCUCAUCUACACUUCGAUGCUCCCGGAUUUCCUCCGUCCUCUCAUUCUCUCUGGCCCUUCUGGCGUAGGCAAAAGCACUCUUUUACAACGGCUCUUUGCAGAGUAUCCCGAUAAAUUUGGCUUCAGCGUUUCCCACACGACUCGUGAUCCUCGACCAGGCGAGGUUGACGGAAAGCAGUACCACUUUGUGACAGUGGACAAGUUCCAGGAGCUUCUUGGCCAAGGCGCCUUUAUUGAACACGCGCAGUUCUCUGGGAAUUUUUACGGGACAAGCUUUCAGACCGUCAGGGAGGUAGAAAAGGAAGGGCGGCGGUGCAUUCUCGACAUCGAGGCGCAGGGUGUCCGACAAAUCAAAGCGACAUCGCUGAAUCCGGUGUACUGCUUUAUUUCUCCACCUACGAUGGCAUCGCUGCGUGAGCGGUUGAAAGGACGAGGCACAGAAACGGAGGCGUCUGUCGCGAAGCGGCUGGCGAUGGCGCUGAGGGAGAUUGAGUACGCCAAGGAGCCGAAUGUUCACGACUAUGUUAUCGUGAACGAUGACCUUGAGAGAGCAUAUAUGCUGUUCAAGCAGCUGGCAUUGGGAGAAAAGAUUGCAUCGGACGCUCUGCCAAUAUUAGAUGACUAGAGUAGUGGCUGUGCUAAUCAAUGACUCCAUCGAUAUCAUUCAUUUUUUCUUGAAUAAAUACCAGUUG